AUGAAUGCCGCAGCUUGCAACGGCGUGUCGAUUGGACUGAGAACAAAUUACCAUCGCGUAAAAUUACGAUCCUUUGAUCGAGCGUCGCGUACGUACAGCCACCUUCGAAAUUGUCAUCAUCGAUCCUUUAGCGGGGAACGACUAAAGCACCUUCAUAAAUUUUCAUCGGGCGAUCUGUUCUCGAUCCCGGUGACGCGAGAAUCUCUAACCUCAUAUUUAUCAUCGUUUGCCUCGGGUCACAGGGUUACGAAAAGUAACGUAAAGAGAAAACCACUUGGCACGCUUGUUCCUACCGCUUGAAUAAACCCAGAGAGAUAUAUUUCAGAAUAUAUGUUCUUCGUCAUCAUCGUUCUCGAUUCACCCAUUUUUCGAACGAAAUUUUCCGUGGAAAGCAGGAACAUUAACAACUGCGAGAGGUCGUCAUUCACGAGACGGCUCGAAUAAAUGUUUUCAGGUGCACACGGCGGUGCAGCAGCCCGGAUUCAAGAGGGUGAAGAGAGGCUACAAACCUCUCAGCGUGGAUAAUCUGGUGCCACCUUAUCAAAUUCAAAAUCCGGCGAACCCUGGCAACCGUGAUCCCUCUGACCCUUACUUCCAGUAUCAAUGGUACUUGAAGAACACUGGCCAGAACGGCGGCAAACCGAAAUUGGACUUGAACGUGAAGGCGGCCUGGGCUCAGGGUGUCACUGGAAAAAACGUCACCACGGCUAUAAUGGACGACGGUGAGAUUCUACUUGAACUUCUCCAAUUAAAUCUUUCGCUACAGUAG